AUGGAUGCAGAUCCUGCGACAAUUGUAGAAGAUGAAAAUAUUGACGAUGAACAUGAACAAGAAGUCGUUGUAGAUACUUCUAAAGAAAUAUUGGAAAAUGAAAAAAAUAUUGAACCUCGUGAGGAAAUAGAACAAGAAGUCGCUGAGGAGCAUGUAGAAUUUUCUAAAGAAAAGAUUCAGGAAUUUCCAGGAGUUGAUGAUGAAGAUGAAGAGCCUUGGACUCCCCCCUUAGAAGAGCCUGUACCACAUUUAAUGGACACUCUUGAAGAUAAUGAGUCGCAUGAAUUACCAACAAUAAGUGAAGACGCUGUAGAACCAUGGUCCCCUGAAAAAGAAGGCUUAGGAAAGCCACAGGAAUCUUCGGCAAUAAUUAAUGAGGAAGUGGCUGAAAAAGUGAGUAAUCUUCCCACUAUUGAAGAAGAACCAGAACAAGUAGCAAUUCAGCCUGAGGAUCUAAGCUCGUUGCCUGAGCUCCCGCAUCCUGAAAUGUUAAUUGCUGAUCCUCCUGAACGUCCUUCCUUUUGGAAAAGCUUCUUUGGUGGUGGAGGUAGGCAUGUUGAAGAUAAAACCAAAGACAAAGAUCUUCCACAACAAGAAAAUUUUCAUCCGCAAAAAGAAUCUGAAGAGUUGGAUGAUUCGGAGCCUAAAAAAUUACAUCUAGCUGAAUAUGCUUAUCCUCCUGAAUAUUUAAAAAUGCUUCUUAGUUUCUCCAACAUACAACUCGCUGAUCCAAAAUAUCAAUGGGAAACGUACAAUUUAUUAAAUUAA